AUUCAUCAAAAACAGUAAUCGAUGUCCUUGCCCGAGUCGGACUUGGGUGCGUUUAUUAGGAAUUCCUGGUAGUUAUUUUUUACAAUAAUUCGAUAAUUUGAAGACACAAAAGUUUGCAGAAGAGUGUACCACUGUUCAUUGGAAUGGUUGACCGGUCUUUCGAAUUGGUCCGGGAGCUGACGAGGACAACCGAAACCAUUCCUCCGUUCAACAGCGAAGGUGUUCGAUCUGCACUUGAGGAUAUCAAUCAAAUCUAUGAAGAUAAUAACAAUAAUGCGAUGGAUUAUAAUCGAACCGGUAAUCACAAAUAUCUCCCGCUAAUCAUGUACCGCCACAAGUUGAUUCAAAGGCAAAAGCGUUGCCUCAUGGUCUACCUGCACAAUCGACUUCAAAAGCUAAAAAAGGUACGCUGGCAUCUGGGAGCCACAUUGCCGGCCGAUAUCAAAGCCAACCUGAACGAGCCGGAAUUGCAGUGGUUCAACAAUUACUCGCGGAUGCUUGCCAAAUACAUGGCGACAAUUGGAGACGGGACGGGGCUUAAUCUCACCAACGACAUCAAACCUCCGAAGUCGCUGUUUAUCGAGGUUCGCUGUCUGACUGAUUACGGUAAGUUCGAACUGGAAAGCGGUGAAAUUGUACUAUUGAAAAAGAAUAGCCAGCACUAUUUGCCAAAGCUUCAGUGCGAGGCUCUAAUCCGUCAGGGCAUUCUGCAGCAUAUCGUGUGAUCAUGCAUCCUAAGAAAAAAAAACUGUUCACCAUAUGGCAAAGUUUCUGAAAAAAAAAUUCAAAAUGCAUAAAUCAA